AUGCCCCCCGUGCGCCUCUCGCUCCCGGGCGCCCGCGCGCCGGCGGCGCGCGCGCCGCGCCCCCGCGCAUGGGACGCGGACGCGGAGGAGGCGCCGGUAUCAACGCCGAGCAGCGCUGCGCCGGUCCCCGUGUCCAAGGCGGUGCGCAAGCAGCAGGAGGAGGCCGAGGCGCUCGACGCCAGCACGUUCGACUACGACGGCGUGAUGAAGGCGGCGGAGCGCGCCGUGCGGCAGGCCAAGAAGGACGAGGACAGCGCACGCAAGCCGAAGUACAUGAGCCAGUUCUUCGAGGCGGCCGAGCUGCGCGAGCGCGACCGGCUGCGCGCCGAGAGCAAGCGGCUCCAGCGCGAGCGCGAGGCGGAGGGCGACGCGUAUGCCGGCAAGGAGGCGUUUGUCACGUCCGCGUACAAGGCGCAGCAGGACGAGUGGAAGCGCGCCGAAGAGGAGGAGCGCGUGCGCGAGGCGCGCGCGCGGAGCAGGCGCGGUGGCGUCGCGGCGUUCCGCCAGGCCCUGCUCAACGAGGAGGCGGAGCGGCGCCAGGCGGCGAUCGAGGCGGCCAGCGCUGCGCCGCCGGCGUCGAGCGACGCCCCGGGCGCGGCGGACGACGUGUCCGACACGCAGCGCGCCGACGAGGCACGCGCGCGCGGCCUGCACGUCGAGCUGAACGACGACCGCCAGAUCGUGGACCGGCGCGACCUGCUGCAGCGCGGCCUCAAUGUGGUGCGCAAGCGCAAGGAGCCGGACGCGCCGCGCGAGCCUGCGCCGCCGGCGAGCGCGAGCGCGCGCGCGAGGCGCAGCCAGCACAUGGAGGACGAGCUGCUCGCGCGGCUGCAAGGCGAUAGCGACUCUGAGUAG